GUCCGAGUCAUCGAUGCCAGCGAUAAAGGUGGCCGGCAGCGAGACGACAAAGACCCAGAUGGCCUGGAAGGUCCAGAAGCCGAGGAAGGGAAGAAAGUCGCGGCGGUCCUCGAACCGCUUGUCCUCGCCGAUGGUGAGGAUGCGGAGGAAGAGAUAGCCCGAAAGGCGAAGGGCCCAGGCCGAGAUGAGGAUGGCUGUCACAACCUGCCGAGUCGAGUAGCUCGCGUUGAUGAACAGCAGCAUGAGCUGGAGGAGGAGAAAGUUGGUCGCCCCCAGCAAGUCGGUGAUCUUGUCAAACUGGCAGGUGUACGCCACGGCAAAGCCGGUCAUUUGGAGGCACCACGUGACGAGCGCGCAUAGGAACAGGUUGUACGAGUCGAACGAGAAGACCUCUUCAGACAUGGUGUUCAGUACCGUGUGCGAGAGGUGACAAUGGGGUUGUGGGGCGAGGAGCGGCCUGGGCCGACACAUACCGGAGUGGUCUCAGGGCUCAUUUCGGACAAACACCACUAUGUGCCGGCUGUGCUGACGGGCGAGGCUGUGGCGGCGUUUCUGGCGGCCGACUGCGGCGAGCUGCCUGCGCUCCACGGCGCGAUUCUGCACAUCACCAACUUUGUCUUUGUCUCCCACCAGCAGCACAUCGAGUGCUCUGUGGCAGCGUUCUCGUCGGUCGGCGCGUACGGCUCGAUGCUGUUUGGAGACCCAAAGCCGAUUCCGACGGCGGCGCUCGGCGCUGCCGCACCCGCAGCCGGGGGCGAGCCGGGCGAGGCUGGGAGCCAGCUGACGACGCAGCAGCUCUUUGUCGGCCUGCUGGACUCGGUCAUUCCGGCCUCCCGCCGCAGACGCGCUGAGCGCGCGGCAGGAGCGUCGCCGGGAGCGGGCGGCGGCGAGACCGCCUGUAACGACGACGAUGCUCACGAUGAUGACGACGGCGCGCCGUUCUCGCAGGCCCACGGGCCGAUGACCCAGGUGGCGCCGAUGGAGCUCGCGGUCGACGCGCCACCUACGCCGCCGCUCGAGAGCGAUCCGGCGGCGGCACCGGCUGACAUUGUGCGGCCAGUCACGUACACCCUCCCGCGUCCACUGACCUCCCGCGCUCUGCUCGCGAUGGCACGCAUUCCCAGCGACCAGGACGUCAUGCUCGACGCGUUGUGGGCUGCAGGCGGCACGAGUGCCGGGAAUAGAGUACCGGACGAGGCCGGCGACGAAGAGACCGGAGGGCGCGGCAAAAGCAGCGGCGCAGUUGCGACGCCGCGGGGCGGCGACGACCUCCUGCCGCCGGCGUCGUCGGCAACCGCCGACGCGGCGGCCAUAACGCUUCCGCACGCCGAGCUGAUGGAUCUCACCUCGCCCGAGACCGCAUCGGCGUCGCAGACCUCGCCAUUCCGGCUUGUACGCCCACCGCCUCCCCGCAGCGGACCGUCGUCUGUGGGAGCACGUUCGCCGGCGCCGAGCCAGCACCGAGCCCGGCCUCACCCACCGUCGUCAUGGCUCUGCGCCCAGCGGGCCAAGCCGCUUGCGAGAUGGUGGGAAGCGGUGACUGGUGCGGCAGUUGCACCCUACAUGUGAGUAGUCACACCUCGGCCGGCUGGCCAGUGUGGAUCAAAAAUGCCGGCAUCGUUGCGCAAAUUGUUGUGCCGGCUCACAGCUGCGGCGACUGUGCAAUUUUUUGUUCGGUUACUUCGUGAACAACUGCGGAUUUGUCGACGGCCUUGUGCCGUUGACCCCGUGCAGGGUAAUGCUCUCCCAGAGACCGAAGAGGCAGUGGCUCAUGGUCGUGCUUGUGCGGAGGUCGUCGUGUGGACACCGAAUGGUUUCAUAAAAUGUCUUCAUAACAAUUUUUCGCUGCCGGUAAGUGUGGUUCGCCCGCUCACCGGCUUGGGUUCGAUUCCCACCCGUUCUAGAUCGACGAUUUUUCUGCCUUGUACGUCCGCUGCGCUACUCGCGCAGCACGGCCA